UGUUUUGGCUAGUUUAGUUUUAUUCGAACAAGUAAAAAUUUCAUAAUAAAAUAUAUAUUAUUUUAUCUUCAGUGAUAUAAGCUUUUGAAAAAAUGUCAGAAAAAAAUAGUGAAAUAAAUUCCAAUUCCGAGAGGCAGGGAUGUUCACACUAUGCUCGAAAAUGCAUGUUUGUGUCGCCCUGCUGCAAGAAGUUCUACCCGUGUAGAAUAUGUCAUGAUGAGACUGAGAAGCAUGAGAUUGACCGUACAGCAGUACAGCAGAUCAAGUGUAUACAGUGCUCUCUCAUCCAGCAGGUCCAGAGGACUUGUGAGGGUUGCAGCAUUGUGUUUGGGAAGUACUACUGCAGCAAGUGUAACCUGUUUGAUGAUGAGGACAAGGGCCAGUUUCACUGUGACAAGUGUGGACUGUGCAGGGUUGGUGGGAAGAGCAAAUUCUUCCAUUGCGACAAAUGUGGCAUGUGUCUCUCCACCAAACUUAGGGGAAAACACAAGUGUAUAGAGGAUAGUUCUCGUCGUAAUUGUGCGGUCUGCCUAGAAGAUCUACACACAUCCCGUAUUGAUGCCCACAUCCCACCAUGUGGCCACCUCAUUCACAGAGAAUGUCUUACACAAUGUCUGAAAACAGGAAUCUACUUCUGCCCGACAUGUGCACAGAGCCUGUUUGACAUGAAGGAAGCAUGGCGCAACCUGGACGAGGAUAUUGCCAACACUCCCAUGCCGGAGGAGUAUCGCAACAUGCACGUUGGAAUUCUGUGUCGCGACUGCCAUAAGGAAAGCAGUGUGUUGUUUCAUGUGAUCGGCCUGAAGUGUUCGGAGUGUGGCUCAUACAACACGUGUCGCAGUGCAGACCCGGAGAAUGGUGCCCAGGGAGAUGCACCUGCUGCCGAAAACCAGGCAGAAGCAAUUGCUGCCGAGAACCAGGCAGAAGGCAACUCAAACAACACGGAACAAAACCAGGGGCUGUCUCAAGACAAUAAUGCUACUGACAAUAAAGAGUAGAAACAUUGUUAAAGUAGAAAAGAAGUACGUUAAUUUAACAUAGAUGAAAGAUGCUAGACGUUUAUGUAAGACUCAAAUCAAGGCCCCUCAAAUGUAGCCAAUUUUUUCCUUAACUGACCAGCCCCUGAAAUAUCACUGUGGUAAUCUGCUAUGCCGGUUUAUGUACAUGCUGCGGGACUAAGGUGUCAGUUGACUGAAACAGGAGAAACCUUGAUCAAUAGAUCAAAAAUGGGUUUUAAAUUAGUUGAGUCAGGUCUUACCAUGAUGAAGUGUCAACACUAAAAAACACCAAACGAGCUUUACACGAAGUGUACAAACCUAUAUUUAUUUACUUUUAUUCUGAACUUGAUUAAGCUUGAAAACCUGUAACCAUAUCAGUAUCUUUAAUUUGUUUUGAUCAGUUUUAUCAGAAAAAUAAAGUAGGGACCACUGCCCCCAUCCCUCUGCUGGACAAAUUUAAGGUACGGAAUACAAUCUUGGCCACAUUUGUGAGAUUAAUCUUGGUUUUGGGGCUGGGCCCAGAUCUGAGUCGAACAUACAUGAAAAAAAGCAUUCUAUUUUCCAUGCUAAGAACACUAUGGUGGGUCUGAUAUGCCAAAUAAUGUUUACGUGAGUUUUGUUAAUACCAAGUAUCAAAUAUUCAAUCCCCAUGCAGAGUUAAAGGGUUAAGACCUCUGUUGAAAUGAUAUCAAAGCCUUCUAUAGCCAUUGCAACAUACUUCUUAGUAUUUUAAUGCAAAAACCCAACUCCACAAAUGUACAGCAUUCUGAAAUUUAUCCUUUUCAAUCCUGAUUUACAGAAUAAUACUUAAUCUUUAUCAUCCCAGUCAGCAACAUUAAGCAAUUCAUGAUCUCAUUUUGGGAAAACACAUUUCAUAAGCAAAUUGUCAUGUACUUUUUUUUUUAAGCUUCAGUUGUCAAAGUGUUGCACCACAAAGGAGCAUUUUUAUUAACUAGCGGAGGUCAAAAAAAACUGAAUUCCUGCAGAUUGAUAGAAGGAGUGGAUGGAUGAAUAUGUAGGCUAUUUCCAGUAUUGACACCAUUUUUGUGUCUGUUGAGUGUUCAGGUAUACAUGAAUGUGCAGCCCAAGAACAUGAACUGUUGAGAUUAUGAUUGAAAAUAGGUGUGCAGAAAAGUGUUUUCUACAAGAAUGUAAAAUUGUCGAAUCAAAACCCCUUUUAAAGUUUAUAUUCUUCUUGAUUUCUUAAAUAUGAUCAUUUUACUGCUUGAUUUAUUUACUAUUAUGAGCAAUUUUACCUGUAUCAUGGAUAUUUUUAUAGAAGUUCACAUGUUAUGUUAGUUUUAUAGUUAGGAUGUAGAAUGUGAUAUAUAUAUUAUCUAUUUAGGCCCAUAUAAAUGAUUCAGAAUCAUGUGCCAUUACCAGCUAGACUGACCAUCAAAAUGGAAGGAAACUUUAAAUGUUGUUAUAUUGUCUUUAAAUCAGAUUGUAUAUGAUCGGUGAUGAGAUGUCAUAUCAUGCACAAUUUUAUUCAACAAGUCAAGGUAAUUUGAUAGUAACGAAGACUUCGAGUAGCUUGCUAACUUAGUCCAUUGAUAAGUUGAAUAAAAUUGUGUAUUUUAUGACAAUUAUUGAGAGAAAGAAAUGUAUAGAACCCCCAAGAGCUAAAUACCACUGAGCCAUUACAUUUUACGCUCCAAUGAGAUGUAGAAAUGUAAUUUCUGAUGGAGAAUUGAAUCACAUCUGAUCAGUUCUAGUUAAAAAAAAGAUAAAUAUAUUGACAUGAAAUCAAUUAAAGAUGACAACAAAAACAGUAAAAUACCAACGGAAUUUGCUUUCUUUUACAUCAUGAAUCACACUUGUGUUGAUGAUGUCAAUAAUACAUGUCAAUCCAGGUGUUUCAAGGAAAUUUAGAAAUCACACUCAUUUGAUUUCAUUUAUAUAUUAUAAAGUCUGUUGAAAUGAUAUCAUACAAAGAAAAAGAAAAUAAUAUGAUGUAUGAAUUGCAGAAAUAUAAGUCCUUAAGCAAUUCAUAUUUCCAAUUAAUUUUACAAAUAUGUGGAAUGAUAUCACUUGAAGACCAAAUGCAACAUUACACAUGUGUAAUUCAAAAUUAUUUGUAAUGGUUAUGUUCAACCAGAAUUGGGCCGUUAUGCGGUGAUGAAUUUUUUUUUGCAGUGUAUUUUCAGUAAGUGUCAACAAGACAAUGUCUAGAGAAUUUUUGAUGUAGUGUACAGAAGGCUCGUACAAAGUACAGAAUGUAAAUUUGUUGCUUUAGUUAAUUGCUUGUUCAUAUUGUCUUCCAUAUUGUGAGUAUUGUAAUAAAUAACUAGUUUUCAUUUGUAUUUUACCAACAUUUGAAGUGUUUUUAUGAAUACUAAAAUUUGUUUUGUCCGGUGAAUUCUGUCUGUUUAAUAAGUUCACUUUUCUUGUGUGCAAUGUACGUUUAUUAUGUCUUCAGUCAUGCUAGUAGAGGUUUAGACUGGGUCUGUCAGAAGCAUGGCCUUCUUCUUUGGCUUCAGUCAUGCCAAAAGUACUUGAGCUAGAUACUGUUGAAAGCAUGGCCUUGUUCUAUGACUCAUGCCAAAAGUGGCUAAGAAGGAGUCUGACUAAGCAGUGCCAAAGUUUGCUCAGACUGAGUCUGCAGGCCUAGUUAUAUCACUUUAGUCACCUUUUUAAACAUAAUUUUAGAUUAUCUGAGCAUUUUAGCUUGACUUUUCGAAGAAUAAGGAGAGCUAUACUACUCACCCUAGCGUUUGCGUAAGACCUUGGUUAAGGUUUUACAAGUAAUGUUUCACCAAAACUUUGCAAUCCUUAAACUUCAACGCGGCAGAAUAGUCGAGUGCCCUGUAGCUGUGACAGCUCGUGUUCAUUUUAUUUAAUUAUUUUUAUAAUUAUUUUUUAUGCUGAAGGACAUAAUUUGUCAUGUCUUUUAUAGAUGGCAUUAUCUCAAAGAUAUAAGAACUAGAUCUUUUAUCCCAAGAGUAAUUGAUUUUUAAUGUCUGUAUACUUGAGAGAUUGGCUGUCACUUGUACGUAACUUGGAUAAUUCUUGGAUUGUUUCUUUUGUCUGGUAUAAACAUAUAAAUGAUUUGAUUGGUUAAUAGUCAUAAUUGGACAACUAUUGGCCAAUCAAAUCACAUUUCAACUGACAUUGACCAAACCAAAGAAUUAACAAGUUUUAUGCAAUUAACUGCUGUAUUAGUUUAAUCAUAUUUGAUAACUUUCAUAACAAUUGGGUUGGGCCACAAGAUUUAAACAACAUUAGAAAACAGCCCUCCACAUCAUUUUGGCUAUGUAUGUUUGCAUUGAGGUGACACAUAAAUUAUAAUUUAAUAAAUCCGUCUAACAUGCGACUGAAAUCUCCUGUUGAUUGUUGUACUAAAGUUGUGUUCAAUGCCAUCUUUUUAAAGGUAAAAUAUUAGCUUGUGUUUUAUGUAUAUGUAUUUUUUUAAUUCUAUGUUUAGUUUCUGUUUUUGUGCAGGACUAUCCGCUCAUAAUAUGGAUGUCCUUUCCCUUUACACCCAAAAUAUAUAAUACUUCAGUCAAGUCUUCUUAUCAAACAUCCCGGGAAAUUCCAUGUUUGAUAUAUCCAGAGUUUGUUUUAUCCGUAUCUAUUGAUCACUUCAAUCAUUUAAGAUGUUUUUGUAUCAAAAUUAGUUUUAAAAUGUUUUAGGAUCUCUAGUUGUGUUGUAUUUUGUUGAUGCCUUUGAUGUAUUUCAGCAAAUAAAUCUUAAUGAUUGUU